AUGGAAAAUGCUGCCGCUUCAGCCAACGUCGAGAUGGACAUUCAUUUCGACGACGAACCACUAGUGGCCAUCAUGGGUUUGAUGUCAACAACCAACGUCACCGCCGCGGACAUCAUGACUAAUAUCGAUCGUGUUUUUUCUAAGCUUUACACAAAAAACGAGAAACUGGAACGAGAAGAGAAGAGAAACACAAAGAACAACUUGAACACAAUGUCUGACCAAGAAGAACUUCAACACCACCAGCGAACACUCUGGAAUCUAGUCUGCUGGAACUACCCAGCGGACAUCUGCAAGACUCUGGAGAAUACCGCCCACGUCCACAACGAUGUGCUUCACUACCUCUACAGCAUCAUGGAGGGAGCCAGAGGAAAACCGGCGCCGUACCUCACCGCGAGGCUCGCAGGCCUCCCGGAUACGACAGCAAAAGAGAUGAUAGACGCCUUGGACGCCCUCAACAUCCGCGGGACAGACCUCGCAGAAUCUGCCUCGGAAGAUAUGCCAGACAAGGGCAAGACGGAGCAGUGGCCCGAGCUGCAGGGCAAGCCGUACUUCCACAGUUGUGAGCGCGAGUGCUUCUGGCGCAUCGUCCUGGAACUGUUCGAGACGGGCUGUCUGGGCCGCAACACCGACGGGUCCGCGCGGGAGGAGAUAUCGGACUUCCAUGCCCUGCACUAUUUGUACAGGUUGGACGUCGAGGACAAGCGGUGCCGGCGGAAUGAGGAGGUGGAUUUGAGGAACCCGGCCCAUUCUUGGUAUCACGAGACAUCUGACAAGCAAGUCUUGUGGUGCGUGAAGCGGAUGUGGCCGCUUGUUGAUGGCAAGCUUAAGGGCAAAGAGGAGUAA